AUGGAAAAGUUGACUUUGUGCCUCGUUGUGUCUUCUUACAUGACUUUUAGGGUCAAGGGAUUCCUGGUUGAGAAAAAAAAGCAGAAUCAUCCCAUUCCCCAAUGGAUUCUGAUGAAAAUUAGUAAUAAAAUAAGGUAUAACCCUAAGAAGAGACAUUGGAGAAGAACCAAAUUGAAUCUAUAA